GCUUUGCAUAAUUGUUUUUGUUGUUCAUAUGAUGGCGUUGCCAUAGUCUUUUAACAUGCUGGUGGGACGUCACUGUUCUCCCUUCUCUGAAGAGCCUCCACUAUAAUAUAAUUGUUGCCUUUUAAAUCCUGGAUAGUGCAUAUUUUUAACGAUGGCUUCCAGGGAGACUAAACUGGAUCCUAAUCUUCUGCAAGCCACACGGAAAUUAUUGUGGGGAAAUAGAGUGAAAGAGGAAGUGUUUUCGCGUUGGUCACAAGGUUUCAUGUUUAGUGAACAUGAAGCUACAGCUUUGAUUCAACUAGAAGGUGGUCCUUGUGCUGUGAUUGCACCUGUUCAGACUUUUAUUCUAAAACAUGCUCUGUUUUGCUCUGAAGAAGCCAACGGUGACCUUAAUGUUUCAGAGGAGAUGGCAAUUACAUUCCUAUUCCAUGGUUUACUUGAGAUUCUGCUACAGCUAGCUAGUGACCACUACAUUAUUGUUACACUGGAGAAGAAUGUGAACACUACCGUUAAUGACAACAACACCCAAGAAGCUCUACAACAAGAUGGUGGAGGUACUAAUCCAAAGAGACCUAGAAUGGAUAAGGACAACUUCCAUUCUUACUUAAGAUGUCACCAAUGUUCCAGUACAGAAGAACUGAAAACUUGUAUGAAAGAAAAUCUUAGCUCAUUUACAAAAGAAUAUGGUGUACUGCUCUAUCUCUAUUCUGUGAUUCUCUCUAAGGGUAUUGAACAAAUAAAGAAUGAAGUUGAAGAUCCUAGUGAAUCACUUAUUGACGGAACCUAUGGCCAUGGAAGCCAAUCCUUGAUCAACCUGCUUCUCACUGGAAGAGCAGUUUCUAAUGUUUGGGACCAUGACAAAGAAAUAUCUGGAUUAAAAAUGCGUGGCAUCUAUAAACAAUCUUACAUUGGGUUUUUGACUCUCCUUGAACACUUACGUUACUGUGAGGUUGGAUGGUUUCUGAAAAAUCCCAAAUGCCCAAUUUGGCUACUUGCCAGUGAAACACAUUUGACAGUGCUUUUUUCCAAGGAGAAGGGAAUAGUUUUUCCUGCUACUCAAGAAAUGACAGCAAAACAGGUGUUUCAAAAAUUUGAUAAUGAAGGUAAUGGUUUUAUAUCUACUUCUUCUCUGGGACAGCUUUUACAGGAAUUAGAUCUGGGUUCAGAAAAGGAAUUUGUUGAUGUGGUGCGGAACAAAUUGGAUUCAGAGAACCUUGGAAUCAUCACGCUAAGCAGUUUUAUGCAAGAAUUUUAUCCUGAAGAAGGAAGUCAAGGCUGUCCAAAUCGCUUUAUAGUGUUUCAUUACAAUGGACUUUCUCAAUCAUGUCCACAAACAAAGGUUGCCUACCAAGAAGGUUCCAUUACAUUGCUGGUUGAAGAAGAGUACGAUAUGCAAAUAGUUGUUGAGAGCACACCUAUAAAGACUUGCCUAGAAACUAAGUGGCCGUUUAUAGACAUAACAUGGAAAGACAAUCAUGUACCUUCAUUAAACUAAAAUGUUGCUGA